GCCACUAAGCUAAGGGAAGAAGUGCCAGCUGUGUUGUUGUUGUUUUUUUCUUCUCACUCUCAGAGCUAGCAGCUUGGCUAAAUUUGUGUCUGAAAAUGUUCCUCCAAAGUCCAAUAAAGACGCACUUAGAGUAAAAGCUGUGUCUUCGCCAGUUUGUGACGUGCUGCCGGUGGACGGUCAGACACGGAGCGGGUGUUAGCAUGUGGACAUUAGCCGGUGAAGUUUGACGAUGAUUCUUGUGUCUUUAUGCUUUUAUUGGAUUUAAUAAAUGUCCUGAACAUGGACACAGAAACGAUCGUCAUCCGGAUAAAGACGCCGUCUGGAGACAUGGAUUCAUCCGUGGACUGUCCGUCUCUGCUCAACUUUAACGACCUACUGGCUGCUAUCAGAGAUGUCAUGCCUGAAACCACUGUCACUGCUUUUGAAUAUGAGGAUGAGGUUGGUGACAGAAUCACUGUGAGAAGUGAUGAAGAGCUCAAAGCCAUGUUGUCAUAUUACUGCAACACGGUGAAUGAACAGCGUGUUAAUGGACUGCUGCCAGAACCUCUUCAGAUAUUUCCACGAGCCGGCAAGACUCCAGGGAUCCGGAACAUACAUGGCCUGAAGGUGAAUACGCGACCAAACCCAGCCGGUGACUGCGCACACGCUGUCCCAGACGCCACCACCAACCACAGCUUAAAAAAAUCUUCAGCUGAGCUGAAGAGGAUUCUGACAAAUGGUCAGAUAAAUGCCCAAGAUAUACACUAUCAGGAGCAACUCGGCCAUGGGAACGGAGGUACAGUUUACAAAGCGUACCAUCUUCUCAGCAAGAGGGUUUUAGCUGUCAAGGUCAUUCCUCUGGACAUCACAGUGGAACUACAGAAGCAGAUCAUGUCAGAGUUAGAAAUUCUCUACAAGUGCGAUUCGCCCUACAUCAUCACUUUCUUCAGCGCCUUUUUUGUUGAGAACAGGAUAUCCAUAUGCACAGAAUUUAUGGACGGUGGUUCUCUGGAUGUGUACAAAAGAAUCCCUGAACAUGUGCUGGGCCGGAUUGCCGUGGCGGUAGUCAAAGGCCUGACGUAUCUGUGGAGCCUGAAGAUACUUCACAGAGAUGUCAAACCUUCCAAUAUGCUGGUGAACACCCGAGGACAAGUCAAGCUCUGCGACUUUGGUGUCAGCACGCAGCUGGUGAAUUCUAUCGCCAAAACCUACGUGGGAACUAACGCGUACAUGGCACCUGAGAGGAUAUCCGGGGAACAGUACGGCAUCCACGCCGACGUCUGGAGUGUUGGCAUCUCUUUUAUGGAGUUGGCACUCGGUAUGUUCCCAUAUCCACAGAUUCAGAAAAACCAGGGAUCUUUAAUGCCUCUACAGUUACUGCAAUGCAUCGUUGAUGAGGAUCCGCCUGUUCUUCCCGUCGGUCAGUUCAGUGAGACGUUUGUUCACUUCGUCACUCAGUGUAUGAGACGAAAACCCAAAGAGCGCCCUGCCCCAAAUAACCUCAUGGAUCAUUCCUUCAUCGUGCAGUAUAACGACGGGAAUGCAGAGGUGGUGUCCAUGUGGGUGUGUCGCUGUUUGGAGGAGAGACGAGCUCAGCAAGGGCACCUGUGACCGCCGUGCACGUGCACUGUUCCGCAGAGGGACAAAGAACAAACUGUGACAUGCUCUCAGCUUUCAGUGACGCAGAGAAAAGAACGUAUCUGCUUACUGACGUGUAACCCCACCCCCACCCCCCAGGCUGUUUAAUGCUCUUCGUGCUUCAUGAUGAGUCAAAACUUCAAAGAAAAAUCAGAAAUUUUAAUUUUAAAAAAAGCCCUUUAAUCUUGAAGUGAAAA